AUGUCUGGUGAUUUGAAGGCGCUACUCAAACGUGAGAAGCAACUGCAUCAUUUUAUGGAGUUGAUAGAUCGGUUCAUCCAAAACUUCGAUGAAGAGCGUGACCUUAGGCAAAUCAAUAUUCGUCUUCAGAAAUUGGAAGAGGUUGGAAAAGAAUUUUAUGACAUUCGUUGUAAAAUUGAGCUACUGCAGGAAGACGAAGUUUUAAAGGGUGGUGCUGAAGAGGAUCCUGAAAUUAAAGAAGAGGCAAGGCAGGCACGCGAGGACAGCAACUUUGAGGUAAUUCACCAGUUUGAUAAUAAAUUUUGUCAUCUAAAAUCGGAGUUGCUAGAUCUUCAGGCGGAAACAGUACAGCUGUGGACACAUGCUGCUACCACUCAACCGAUGCCGACACCAGUUUCACGAGUAAGAUUACCUGAGAUUAGACUGCCUUCAUUUGGUGGCAAGGUUCGCGAGUGGGUGACGUUCAGGGACACGUUCCAUAGUCUCAUUCACAACAAUAAUCAAUUAGCUGAUGUAGACAAGUUCACGUAUCUUAGAUCUUCGCUGUCUGGAGAGGCAUUACAAGAAAUCAAUUCGAUUGAGCUUACUGCAGAGAACUAUAGUGUUGCAUGGAAUGCACUCGUGAGACGCUACGAAAAUAAGAAGUUGAUUGUGAAGGCUCAUAUAGAUGCACUAUUUUCGCUAGAGUCUUUGAAAAAGGAAAGUUAUGACGGAAUUAAUCAUCUCAUCGGAGAAUUCGACAAAAAUCUACAGAUGUUGAACAAAAUCGGUGAAGACACUACUGGGUGGAGUACACUAUUGGCAUAUAUGAUCUGUUCGCGGUUGGACUCAGCUACUCUUCGUCUCUGGGAAACUCAUCAUGGUUCAACAGAAGUUCCUACAUACAAUAAUGUCAUCGAGUUCCUGCGAAAUCAUUGUGUUGUGCUCCAGUCAAUUACUAUAUCAAAGGCUUCUGGCACAGAUAACAGACAAGCAAAGACUUCAUUCUGUCAUGCAACAGCGAAGGCGCAUGGAAAAUGUCCGUUUUGCAAUGAAUCUUGGCAUACUGCUUUUCACUGUGCAAGAUUCCAACGAAUGAAAGUUCCAGAAAGAAGUGAUGCGGUGAAUAAAAACUCGCUGUGCCGAAACUGUCUAAGCCCUGGUCAUUACGCUCGUUCAUGCGAAAGAGGAGUUUGCCAUCACUGUCGUCAGAAGCACCACUCUAUGCUACACACCAACCAAGUACGAUCCUCCGUUCCAUCUUCAUCAACGGCACCACAGGCAGCAAUCCAACAGUCUCGACAACCACAGAUACAAACAAAGCCAUCUACUCUGAACCAACCCGCACAGACACAAUCAAGCAACACACCUGCUACCUCUGCUCACUCGCAGAAUACAUCUACGCAGUCCACCUCAGCAAACGCCGCUACUAGUCACAAUUAUGUAGCACUUCCAACUACACAAAUGCAUAAUAUUCUGUUAUCAACUGCCCUUGUUAAGUUAACUGAUCGAGAUGGACAGUCUAUGCUAGCGCGAGCAUUGCUUGAUUCGUGCUCUCAACAUUGUCUAAUGUCCAAGGAAUUUUACAAGAAGCUGCGAUUCAAUGAAGUUCCGUCGUAUCUUGCUAUUCAAGGAAUUGGAGCUGCACGUUCCUUGUCAAACAAAUCAGUUUAUGCGGAAGUAGCAGCCCGAUCAUCAGAAAUUUCACUGUUUGCAGAACAGAUGCAGUUUCACGUGCUACCGAAACUGACUGUAGCAUUGCCAACUGCAAAUGUUAACCCAGUCCAAUGGUUACUUCCGAAGUCAACCCUCUUAGCAGAUCCGCAAUUCCACGAGCCGCGACCUGUUGAUGUCAUCAUUGGUGCGGAGUUUUAUAUGGAUCUGCUGAAAGAAGGCCAAGUAAAAGCAACUAGUGAGGGACCAACACUACAAAACACCGUUUUUGGAUGGAUUGUUUCGGGUCGAGUUCCAAAUAGUUGUUCUGUCGGAAUAUCAUCAACAGCUUAUGCUUGCUCCACAACGGAAAUUCAAGAUCAACUAACUAAAUUCUGGGAGCUAGAAACAUGUCGUACUAAUAGUACGAAUUCCAUCGAGGAGUCUGCAUGUGAAGACCACUUCGAAAAAACUACAGUGAGAGACAAUGAAGGCAGAUUUGUUGUCAUGUUACCGAAGAAGCAGUUUGUUAUUAGCCAGUUGGGAGAUUCGAAGGAAACAGCAGUUCGACGGUUUACGGGAUUGGAGAAAAGAUUCUCUGGCAAUCCACAGUUGAAGGAUUUAUAUACGGAGUUCAUUAAUGAGUACCAGACACUCGGUCAUAUGAUCGAAGUUAUCGACGACUCGUCGAUCGGAACAGGAUACUAUUUACCUCACCAUGCAGUUCUCAAACCUGACAGUAAAACUACUAAGCUACGAGUAGUCUUCGAUGCAUCUUGUAAAACAAGCACAGGUGUGUCACUCAACGAUGCUUUGAUGGUGGGCCCUGUCGUGCAAGACGAUUUGAUUGAUAUUACAUUACGUUUUCGAUUACACCGAUAUGCCAUAGUUGCAGAUAUCGCUAAGAUGUAUCGCAUGGUGAAAGUUACAAAACACGAUCAACAAUUACAAAGAAUACUGUGGCGUAACUCGACAGAUGAACAGUUACGCACUUACGAGCUAACGACAGUUACGUACGGUACUGCGUCUGCGCCGUAUCUAGCGACGAAAUGCCUGCAGAAGUUAGCGGAAGACGGAAAACAGACACACCCGAUCGCUGCAAGAGUUUUGAAGCAAGACUUUUACGUGGAUGAUAUGUUGACUGGCGUCAACAAUAUCGAAUCUGGGAAACAGUUAGUUGGUGAUAUGAUUGACCUUCUGAAGUCUGCAGGAUUCAUAUUGCGUAAAUGGAACUCUAACUGCAAAGAGAUUUUGCUUAAUGUUCCAGAGAACUUGCGUGAUGAUAAAACGAUCUUGGAAUUAAACUCCUCCAACUGUGCAGUAAAGACGUUGGGAUUAAUUUGGGAACCUAGUUCAGACACCUUCCGUUUCAGUACACCGAAGUGGAGCACAGAUAUCAUUACGAAGCGAACUGUGCUUGCUGACGUAUCUCGUUUGUUUGACCCAUUGGGUUUAGUCGGUCCAGUCAUAAUUCAAGCUAAGAUAUUCAUUCAAGACCUGUGGAAGCAAGAAUGCGGAUGGGAUGAACCAUUGUGCGAAAAACUGCAGGAACAGUGGCAGGAGUACAGACGGAAUCUGACUGGUCUUGAAGGGUUAACCGUGCCUCGUUGGACGGGUAUUGGAGCCAAUGUGAAGUCAGUAGAAAUCCAUGGCUUUUGUGAUGCUUCCGAAAAGGCCUAUGGGGUUUGUAUCUACAUAAGAACUAUUUCUGAGCAAGGGGAAGUCAAUCUGCAUCUUCUAACUUCGAAGUCUCGUGUCGCCCCAUUGGAGAAUCUCAAGAAAAAGAAGACAAAACAGACGAUUCCACGCUUGGAGCUCUCAUCAGCUUUGUUGUUAUCACAUGUGUACGAAAAGGUGAUAAACAGCAUUAGGAUCAACGCUAAAGCGUACUUUUGGACUGAUUCAAUGAUCGUCAAGUGCUGGCUGGCAUCGCCACCGUCCAGAUGGAAGGAAUUUGUAGCAAAUCGUGUAUCUGAAAUCCAGCACAUCACCAAGAACGGAACUUGGAAUCAUAUAGCAGGAAACGAGAAUCCAGCAGAUAUUAUUUCACGAGGUAUGAGUCCAGUACAAUUACAGUAUCAGUCGCACUGGUUUAGAGGACCAAUCUGGAUUAUGCAUGAGUCCAUAAAUUGGCCGAUAAAUCAACCGAUCCACGAAGAAGAAAUCGAACGAUCUAUGUUGGAGGAAAAAGAAACAGUUACUGCCAUGCUCCAAGUAGUUCAACCCAGCGAAAUAUUCAGUUUGCGAUCAUCAUGGAUGGAUCUGAUAAGAUUGGUCGCUCUGUUCCGUCGUUUCCGUUUUAACGCUCAAGUGGCCAACCGAAGCUGCCGCAAACUUGGAUCAAUUUCAUCUGACGAACUUGACGAAGCUGUUCGUGCAUUAAUUCGAUUGUCACAAGAAGAAUGUUUCGCACGGGAACUAUCAGAUAUUUCUCAUUCAGCCCAUGUUCGAGCAACAUCCCGUAUCGCCUCGUUAAAUCCUCAGUUACGCGAAGGAAUACUUUGCGUUGGCGGCCGGUUACGUCAUGCUAUUAUUCCAGCAAGUCGCAGACACCCGUUUAUCGUGGACCAUCGACAUCCGCUUGCCACAAUUAUUGUCCGAUAUUAUCAUCUGAAAUUAUAUCAUGCCGGACAGCAGCUUAUAAUUUCAACAAUGCGAGAGCGAUUCUGGCCUACAAAUGUUCGGAACCUUGUUCGAAGGGUUAUUCACCAAUGUGUUGCAUGCUUCAGACUGAAGCCAAAAAUCCAUGAGCAGCUGAUGGCAGACUUACCACCAGAACGAGUGACACCGUGUGCUCCGUUCCAAAGAGUCGGUGUGGAUUAUUGCGGACCAUUCAACGUCGUGUAUCCACACCGUAAACGCCAGUCCGUUAAGUGUUUCGUAGCGGUGUUCGUGUGUUUAGUUACGAAAGCUAUUCACUUAGAGUUAGUUGCUGAUCUUACAACGCAGGCGUUUUUAGCAACUCUGAAACGGUUCGCAGCUCGACGAGGAAAACCUGAUCUUAUAAUGUGCGACAAUGCCAAAAAUUUCGUCGGUGCGAGGCGCGAACUAGAUGAACUUCGACGUUUGUUCCUGGAUCAGCAGUUUCAAAACAGUGUACAAAAACAGACAGCCAACGAGAGCAUCGAAUUUCGAUUUAUUCCAGCUCGUACACCGAAUUUCGGAGGUUUGUGGGAGUCAGCAGUAAAAUCCUUCAAAACCUUACUUAAACGUACAAUCGGAUCACACAGUUUAGUCUACGAUGAGAUGCAGACUGUGUUGGUGCAAAUUGAAGCUAUUCUAAAUUCACGACCACUCACCCCUCUCAGUAACGAUUCAGACGAUUUUGAGGCAUUGACUCCAGGUCAUUUCCUGAUUCAGCGUCCAUUAGUGGCAAUUCCUGAACCCAAUUUAUCUGAAAUUCCGGAAAAUCGAUUAUCAGCAUGGCAAAAGAUCCAGCAUUACACUCAGGGAAUUUGGAAGAAGUGGACGUUCCAAUAUUUAUCAGAGCUACAUAACCGAACGAAGUGGAUGCAGCAUAAAGAGAACGUAGCAGUCGGAACAAUGGUAGUUCUGAAAGAAGAAAAUUUACCUCCUCUGAAAUGGUUGCUGGGACGAAUUACUGAAGUACAUCACGGACCAGAUGGCAAUAUCCGGGUAGUACACGUUCGUACGAAGGAUGGUAUUUAUACCAGAGGAAUCUCAAAGAUCUGUGUACUGCCAAUUCGUGACAAAUCAAAUUCUUCAUCAGAGGAGAUCUAG